GGUAGUUUUAUUGUAUAUGAACUAUGUUUUACAAAGAAAAACUUGAGGGCGCCAAGGAGCAAUUUGCUAGAAAGUAUUUAACGAAAGGGAAUAAAGGGGCAACUGACCAGUGGCCUGCUGUCCUGGGCAGAAGGCCCACACUAAAGAGGCUAAUCAUCCGUCUAGACCAAUGCGGAUGACAGGGCCUCCCAAAUCGCCAGCUGCUGUCCCCACCCACUGUCAACAGCCAAUCCCGAGCCGAGGACAGGAAAGGCUCCGCCCAACGAACUAGUGAGGUCGCCUCCUAGUGGCCAGAGAAAGGACCUCGCAGCUCGCGGCCCCUAGAUGACCCUAGGGUCGCAGGGGUCAUGGGCACCUCUGAGGCCGCACAGCCGCCGUUUGCGCGCGUCGCCCCGGCGCUCUUCAUCGGGAAUGCGCGAGCCGCGGGUGCGACGGAGCUGUUGGUGCGCGCGGGCAUCACUCUGUGCGUCAACGUCUCCCGCCAGCAGCCCGGGCCGCGCGCACCCGGAGUGGCCGAGCUGCGCGUACCCGUGUUCGACGACCCAGCUGAGGACCUGCUGACACACCUGGAGCCCACUUGUGCCGCCAUGGAAGCCGCGGUGCGCGACGGCGGCUCCUGCCUCGUGUACUGCAAGAACGGCCGCAGUCGCUCAGCCGCCGUUUGCACCGCCUACCUAAUGCGGCACCGUGGCCACAGCCUAGAUUGCGCCUUCCAGAUGGUGAAGAGCGCCCGCCCGGUAGCCGAGCCCAAUUUGGGUUUCUGGGCUCAACUGCAGAAGUAUGAACAGACCCUUCAGGCUCAAGCCAUCCUGCCCCAGGAACCCACUGAUCCGGAGUAAGCCGCACCAUUCAGCUGCUGGGUGACCAAGUGUCUACACUUUUUCCCUUUUCCACUAGGCAGCUGGCCUCGGGUGUUGCCCCAUCUUGACGGUAGUACAAGAGUGUCCACUGAAUAGCGAAACUUCGUUUAUUCGUCAGGUUUUGGUCAAAUCCAAACCAGCAAGCACGUUUUAGGUAGAGAAAUUGCGUGUAGAGUCUGGGAAGCCUACAGACAGUUGAUAGGGAGCGACAAACCAGGGUCCUAGCUGCCUGCUCCAAGGGAGUGCCUGGGUUAGUAGGCAGAACCUCUCUGCCUCCUGAAUUCUUUCUGGUCCCUUAGACCUGAACAGAAAGUCUCCCAGCAGAUCAUGGGCCCACCAUCUUUGGCUUACAGCUGCUAUGCUGUGGAAGGGAGGCGGUGCGGACGGCGGCUGAGCGACUGCGACCUAGCAUUGCCAAGCUUCCAUUAUGCCCUAUGCACCAUCCUCCCCAACUGGCCGGCAAGCCCAUCAGUUGCCACCUUGUGUUAAUUGCUCUUGUAGUUCACACAGCCUGGUUUAGACAUCUGUUUCCAUAAGAGCCCUGCAAGUGUAGUCAGGCUUUAAAGAAGUAGUGGGUGAAGAGCAAAGAACAACCUGGGCUACGUGUGUAAAUUACAGAUGUGUGUCCACCGGUUAAUCGGUGAAUAAAUAAAAUGAAUAACCACCUCCCCCCA